CGUCGAGCGAGUCAAACGUGUCUUGCGAAAAUUUCGGAACAACUCUUAACAAGCCGCAUCCGACCCACUACAAUAGAGUGUAGCCUUUUUUCUCCUGCUGUCUGUGUUAGUGUCUCUUCUUAUCGGUGUAGUGGCCCUUGUUUGAAAGGAGGAAAGAGAGUGAGCACAAAAAAUAGACGAGCGUGUGUUUAUUUUAGCACGAUGUGCAAAUAGCGUGGGUCGGGACAAAAAUUGCAUUUCCCGCCAUGAAUAUCGAAAUGUGAAUUCGGUGCUGAAAAAAAGGUCGUUAGUGAUCUCGUGAUACACUCGCGUGUAUCCAUUUAGCUAAUCCAAGCAGGUGACGGAGACAGAUACGAAACGACAUCGUAACAACAAACAAGGUUCUUCAGUCAGUUGGUAAAUAAUAAUCGUAACGGCUACUGUGAUCAAUCAGAAGUACUCUGUGAAGCAAAUUGUGAGUGUCUCUUUGUGGGUGGGUGUGUAGAAAUCUAUGAAAUAAAAUAUUCCGUUUAAAUCGUUGCGCGUGUUCACUGGGAAGAAAUUAAAAAAUCAAACUGGAGGAACCGGACGGUUCCAGGCCACCUCCAUCAUUGAUGGAGUCCUCGACAACGGGGGCGGUGCUUUUGCCACCAAAUUCCAGUACAACGACGAUCCCCCAGACGCAGGAAAAGUCACCCGUCGUCGUCGUCGUCGAACAGACGUCGCCUUGCAAAACAAACAACAGUAACAACAAUACUCCUCCAACGUCGGCGUCAGUGUCGUCUAAUGCAAGUGUGACAGCAUCAGUUGCCGCUGUCACUCCCCCAACAAAGCCAAGUGAUAGUAAUUCGAAAAUUUUGCCACCGCCAACUACGACCUCAAACCCUGUUGCUGCUCCUCCCACAGAUAAUGUCAGCAAAGGGGUAGCAGCAGUAGAUGGCGAAGUAGGUGUUGCUGCUUCUAACAGUAACAGCAACGGCACUACCGGCGAUUCGGCACUUAUCGAGGAGGAAUCGUCCAAAGCUCAGCCGCCGCUGAUGAAGCAGCUGAAUCGGUUGCUGACGCCACCCGACGAUCUGCUCCAGUGGAAGGAUAUGCCGCAGCAUCUGCAGUUCAACCCGUACGUGCUGACCGGCUAUCGGCCGCUCCAGGGCGUCAAGGGAUGCCUGAGCAGCCUGUUCUACGUGCACAAUGAGACGAUUAAUAUUUUAACACAUGGCAUUCCAAUCGUGUACAUACUGGCAACAGUUCCGGCAAUGAUGCCAUGGGAGAAGGAGUACCGCUUUCUCUCGUGGUGCCAUCUGGUCGGUUCUGUUGCGCCCUGGUGCGGCAGCUUCGUGUACCAUUUGUUUAUGAAUCUGGAACGGGGAGAAGGAAUCUACUACCGGUUGCUGCAGCUGGACAUGCUCGGGAUAUGGAUUAGUCAAAGUUUCGGUGCUCUUCCUAUGGUAACGGCAACCGUUUAUUGCCUCAGUUGGCCCCUAAAAUGGUUUAUCAUAAUAUCGUACUCGAUGCUGUGCAUCUGGGGUCUUUAUAAGGCAAUGACGGCCUGCUCGCCGUGGCAGCGAAGGCUCUGCUUCCUUUUGCCCUUCACCUACCGGAUCGUGCUGACCCUGCUGCGGAUAUCGAAGGUGGGCGGGGGCGACCCGAACUCGCUGACACACGUUUUCCUGCAGGACGCCGUAUCGGCGGUUGGCGGAGUAAUCGGAGCGAUGCACAUACCGGAAAAGUGGUUCCCGGGAAGCGUGGACAUCUAUCUCAACUCGCACAACAUCAUGCACGUGCUGGUUGUUGUGGCCGUUUAUUCGAUGCACCAGGCCACCCUCCGCGACAUCGAAUGGAUGCAGCGGGCCGAGUGUACCGGAUCCAACAACCUAACCUCAGCGAUGAACAUAGACGCCAUAAAUGGUUCGCAUCUGGAGCUAUGACCGCCUAAAUCGAGUACAAGCUGCAAGUGUCGCGAGGAAGAUCGUCGUUCCCCGCCAUUCAAGGGCCUAGCUGAACUUUUGUUGGUCGUACGAUCAUCCCUGGGUUAAUUAGCUGAUUCUCUCGAUCCUUUAUCAAGAUCCACAUGGGUCAGUUCCCAGUGAAGGUGUUAAAAAGCGACCGGAAUGUUCUCCGAAAAAGUUAAAAGGAAAAAAAAACCUUGAUCGCCAAGUCCCUCAGCCCAAAGGUAGAAACCUACUACGAAAUGGGCUUUUUUUGGAACAAAAAAUUUCGAAAAGUUUACCCGCUUAAGUUUGUUUUCUUUAGAUUUUGUUUUUUAAUUGUAGGAUUUUAUUUCGGAUGUACAGAAGUUUUAGAUCUAAAAAUCCAUCGUCAGUUGAUAGGAAAGAAGCUGAAUCCAGAUUUUAGUGAAAAGCCCGAGAACCUCUCAUUUUGAAUGCAUCUAUUAAAACAGAACUAGAACAAAAGCUGUUGAUUUUCAGUUUGAGUUUAUUGUGCAGUAAUAUGAUUGAAAUGAAUUAGUCUUCACAAUCUAAAAAUCACCAGUCAAAAAUUUACUGGACGAAAUUUACCUUGAAACCA